UCGAUAAUUUUUGAGUACGAAAAAGGAUUUUCAUGUUUGGAGCUUCCGGCAAAUUUUGUCCCAAAUUUUCAUUUGAUCAGUCAGUGAAUAAUGUCGGACAGUGAGUUUUCUGAUGCAGAGAGUGGAGGGGCUGGAUCUGGUGCAGACAGUGAGGGAGAGGACAAUGUAUCUGAUCAGGGCUCAGAUGAGGAUAGUGUGAGUGCUCCUCAUAAGAAGCGGAAUGUCAUUCAGAGUGAGGAUGAUGACAGUGAUGAUGACACACCCAAACAGAAAAAACGGAAGAUUAGUGGCAGUGAUGAUGAUGAUGAUCUUGAUGACUUGGAUGACUUUGAUGAAGAAGAAGAAGAAGAAGAAAGAAUGAGAGGAAAGAAGAAGAAACCUCGCCAUGGAGGAUUUAUCCUUGAUGAGGCUGAGGUUGAUGAUGAUGAUGAAGAAGAGGAUGAGUUGGACUGGGAAGAAGGAGCGGCAGAACUCAUCGAAAGAAAAUCCACAUACGAGGGACCAACUGCAAAAGAAAUGGAAAGCAAUAGACGUCUGAAUGAAUUAAUGAAUAACCAGACAGAAGAUGAGAUUGAAGCAUACUAUAGACAGAAAUAUGGAGACAGUUCGGCCCUGGACAGAUUUGGUGAAGGCGAGGAAAUGUCAGAUGAAAUUACACAGCAGGGACUCUUACCUGGUGUAAAGGACCCUAACCUGUGGUUGGUGAAGUGUCGUAUAGGAGAGGAGAGACAGACUGCCUUACAGCUAAUGAGAAAGUUUAUAGCAUACCAGUUCUCAGAUGAGCCCUUACAAAUUAAGGCUGUGAUAGCAAAGGAAAGUUUGAAGGGGUAUAUCUACAUAGAAGCAUACAAACAGACGCACGUGAAACAAGCCAUAGAUGGUGUAGGCAGCCUGAAACUUGGACAAUGGGCCCAGAUGAUGGUUCCAAUCAAAGAAAUGACAGACUGUUUAAAAGUGGUCAAAGAGACAGCAAUUUUAAAGCCAAAGUCUUGGGUGCGUUUGAAACGUGGAAUCUUCAAGGACGACCUUGCACAGGUGGAUUAUGUAGAGUCGGCCCAGAAUGCAGUGCACUUGAAACUGUUGCCAAGAAUAGAUUACACACGAAUGAGGGGGAUCAUGAGGAAUCAGCAGUCAGAUGCAGAGAGAAAGAAGAAGAAAAGAAGACCAGCUCAGAAAUUAUUCAAUAUUGAUGAUGUCAAAGCUAUUGGUGGAGAAAGUUCGCGAGAUGGAGAUUUCUUUAUAUUUGAAGGCAACAAAUACAGUCGUAGAGGAUUCUUGUUUAAAACUUUUGCCAUGUCUGCUAUUAUUGCAGAAGGAGUGAAACCAACACUGGCAGAGUUAGAGAAAUUUGAAGAUCAACCAGAAAAUAUCAAUAUAGACAUAAUCCCAGAUAAAAGUUCAGGGGAGGUAACUCACAAUUUCACACCAGGAGAUGUGGUCGAGGUCUGCGAAGGGGAGUUAAUUCAUCUGCAGGGUAAAAUUAUCAGUAUAGAUGGAAACAAGAUCACAAUGAUUCCAAAGCACGAGGAUCUUAAGGACCCUCUGGAGUUCCCAGCUCAUGAGUUAAAGAAGCAUUUUAAGACUGGUGACCAUGUAAAAGUGAUUGGUGGGAAGUACGAGGACGAUACAGGUCUGAUUGUACGAGUGGAAGACAAUAUUGUAGUGCUGUUUUCAGAUCUAACCAUGCAUGAGUUGAAAGUGUUACCGAAGGACUUGCAGCUAUGUGCUGAUAUGGCAACUGGUGUGGAUUCUCUUGGACAGUUUCAGUUUGGAGAUUUAGUACAUCUAGAUCCACAAACAGUUGGAGUUAUUGUGAGACUGGAGAAAGAAAACUUUCAAGUUCUUAGUAUGCAUAAUAAGGUUCAGAAUGUGAAGCCCCAGGCCAUCACUAGAAAAAAGGAUACGAAACAUGCUGUAGCACUUGACUCUGAAAACAAUAAUGUGUCGGUUAAAGAUAUUGUCAAAGUUGUAGAUGGUCCACAUUCGGGACGUGAUGGAGAAAUUAAACAUCUGUAUCGUAGCUUUGCAUUCCUUUUGUCCAGAAAAAUGACAGAAAAUGGAGGUUAUUUUGUCUGCAAAACUCGGCAUCUUGUUCUAGCUGGCGGACAGUCAAAGUCCAAUGUCUCUGUUGGAAUGCCAGGUUUUAUGUCACCACGUCUUUCUAGUCCUGCCCAUCCCGGCAGUGGUGGAUCUACACCUGGACGUGGUCGUGGAGGAGGUGGUGUGGGCAUGAAACGAGACAGAGAAAUGAUUGGUCAGACUGUUAGAAUUGUUCAAGGUCCAUUCAAAGGUUAUAUUGGGAUUGUGAAGGACUCUACAGAUUCUACAGCGAGAGUAGAGUUACAUUCCAGCUGUAAAACCAUCUCAGUAGACAAAUCUCGUCUCGCUUCUCUCACUGGUGGUAGACCUAGUGGUGGUAGAACAUCCACAUAUGGAGGCCGGACACCAGUUUAUGGUGGUCAGACACCUAUGUAUGGUUCCCGUACACCAAUGUAUGGGUCACAGACACCUCUUCAUGAUGGGAGCAGGACUCCGCACUAUGGUUCCCAGACACCACAGCAUGAAGGUAGUGGGACCCCUGGAAGAUCUGGUGCCUGGGAUCCAGCUAAUGCUAAUACACCAAGCAGGUCACAGGAUUUUGACUACCAGUUGGAUGAUACAGUUUCACCAGCUUCUGAUGUCCACAGCCCUGUGGGUGGCCCCUUUACCCCGCAGACCCCUGGAAGUGCUUAUUCUCCUUAUAACCCAUCUCCUGGGUCCUCAUAUCAAGCCAACAGUCCUGGUCUGGGUGGAUCAUCACCUAGUCCCCUGGGGUACCAGGCCUCCCCAUCCCCCAGCGCAUAUGCAGGUUACAGUCCGAUGACCCCUGGUGCUCCGUUCACUCCACAGACGCCAGGUACAGCCAUGGACCAUGUAAAUGCAGACUGGCACACAACAGAAAUUGAAGUUAGGAUCAAAGAGACCCAUGAUGAUGCUGAUUUAAUACACCAGACUGGAGUAAUCAGAAGUGUUACCGGAGGUAUGUGUUCUGUUUUCUUACCAGAAGAAGAUAAGGUUGUAAAUGUCUCCUGUGAACAUCUGGAACCUGUGCUACCUGAGAAAAAUGACAAGGCUAAAGUUAUUCUAGGUGAAGAAAGGGAAGCAACUGGAUCAUUACUGAGUAUAGAUGGCGGGGAAGGAGUGAUUAAGCUUGAUGGCGGUGAAAAGAACAUCAAAAUGUUACCCAUCAGAUAUCUGUGUAAAAUGCCGAGCUAAACCAAAAACAAAUAAUAAUGUGUACAUAGUAUGAACCAAACUGAGCUUUUCAGGCGCUAAUGUGAUCAGUGAGACACAUUUGCUGGAAUUGUGGAAGAUGAAGUUACUAAACUCUUGUGACUCAGUUUUGCUUUUAUUGUGACUAAACUCCUGUAAGCGACUUAUCUCCUGUAACUCAGUUUUGCUUUUAUUGUGAAUGCAAAACCGUGAAGAAAGUCUAUUGGUAUUGAAGUACUGCAAAUAAAAAGUUACAUUUUAUUGUGAAUUUUGUUACAUUAUCAUGCUAGGUUUAAAGUGCUUUCAAAUGUGGAAUGAUGUAUUUUAAAUAAAGCUUUUUCAUCAUAGUGAAAAUGGACUGUAUAAUUCAUGCUUUUAUUAGGCUAAAUGCCAAUGUAUCUAAAGUCUUAGAAAGUAAUGGGAGGUAUUUUUGACUUGGUGGUGAGGAGGCUUUUGGUAUUGACAUUUGAAAAGCAAACAUGGAUGUAUUUAUAAAAUGCAAAAGUUUGUUUUAGUUUUUGUGUUAGACUAAUAAUGUUGCAAAUUCACUUGAUUUUCCAUGUAAGAAACAUUUUCUUUGAGAUAACUAAGAGUUUUAUAAAGUGAUUUAGAGCUUAAUACCUUCAAGGUGAAUUACACUAAAUACAUCAUUUUUGUUCCAUACUUAACUUUAUUUCAAGAAUUCAGAUUGGAUUUUAAAAAAAAGUAUUUCAGUUUUUUACUUCAUGUUUUGCAUAAUGUCAGCUUUGUAUUCUUUUCUGCAGUAUAUAAAAUUUUCGUGACCAUAUUUUGGAAGACAUCUUCUACUUUUUACAUUAAAACUUGAUUUAUUAUUUUGAUUUGUUAUACAAUCAUUUAGUAAUAAGACAUUUUUUUUCCUCACCAUCCUUCCCAUUCAAUGUUAAAUGGACCUGAUUUUUUUUUGUAUUUUUUGUGCAGUCAUUUAAUUUCAGUUUUAAACUUUAAGAAAAAGUUGUAUUCAGGGUGCAAAAACUAAGUUUUAUUGCACUUAGAAUUUUCAUGAUCUGUGUGGCAUAGUUAUAAUAAUUCUUGGACAGCUUGUAUUGAUGCAAGAGAUAUGCGUGUAAAUGAAAAACACAUCCAAAUAAAGAUUAAAAGUUA